AUGUCGAACCGCAAACGGCGCGCGCCGGGCGCUUCACCGCAGGCCCCAACUCAGACGUACCAGCACGACAUCCCCGCGCCAACCGAUCCUUACAUGGACUGGAGCAACCCCACGGCAGGCGCAGACAUGAACUUUACCGACCCGCCGCUAUACGACAACUAUGGCCAGAGCAUGGGAGGUGGUCACAACCGGGUCGUGUCGCUAGACGGAUACACUGACGGCACGGAGAUGACGGGACAAUUGGUACGGCGGAAUACAAACCAGCAACUCGCUCCAGCGCCACGGCGGAAUCAAUGGGAUGGAUUUCCCAGUCCGACGCAACAGUGGGAAACCGUGGAUGAUGAUGAGGAGCUGGAGCAGAAGGCGGCUAUUGCGAAGAAGGAUGCACAAGCGAAGCGGAAGCAAAUUCCACCCUUUGUGCAAAAGUUGAGCAGUUUCCUCGAUAAUAACAAGAACGAAAACCUCAUUCGAUGGUCGGACGACGGCAACUCUUUCAUCGUGUUGGACGAAGACGAAUUCGCGAGGACGUUGAUACCCGAACUCUUCAAACACAACAAUUACGCAUCCUUCGUACGGCAACUGAACAUGUACGGGUUCCACAAGAAGGUCGGACUGUCGGACAAUUCUAUGAAAGCCAGUGAAACCAAAGCGAAGGCACCUAGCGAGUACUACAACAAGUACUUCAAGCGCGGUCGCCAAGAGCUACUAUGGCUAAUUCAGAAGCCGAAGAAUCCUGUCACUGGGCCCAAGCGGAAACGAGAUGAAGAGAACAAGGGCGAUAGCGAUGAUGACCGCAAGUACAUUCAAGACACAGGAGGCGGAGGCUACGUCGAAGAGGUGGCUGUCAGAGGGAACGAGCAAAUGGCCAUGAUCCCGCGAUCCGAAUACAACAGCUUGCGGGUCGAGGUCAGGGAGCUCCAACAGCAGCAGAAGCUCAUCUCCAAUGUUCUCACUCAGAUCAAACGCCAAAAUGAGGAGCUAUAUUCUCGAGCGACGUCUUUCCAAGCACUGCACGACCGCCACGAGAACUCUAUCAACGCCAUCUUGACGUUCCUCGCUACCUUCUACAAUAGGAGUCUAGAGGGUAAUGCGAACAUGAACCUUGCGGACAUGUUCCCAGCGGCGCGACAACAACCUCAUGGCAAUGUCGUGGACGUAGACGACUAUCCCAUACAAGAAGCGCACAAAUCGCCUCAACUGCAGAGGAAUAAAAAGCCCCUCGCGAUCCUUCCAGCACCAGGUCCAAACCAACAGGACUAUCUCGCUCCAACAACAACAGGCCGCGCCACAACCAUGAGCCCAACAGCCCGACCACUCGCAAGUCCCAUAACCCGACCUGGAAGCCGCCAAUCGGUAUUCCGCCCCUCAGUCUCCCUCAACCGCCAGCAAUCACAGCCAUCCUUCCCCCAACAAACCAGAGAUAGCAUAACUCCAUCCCAAAUCAAACCCGAACCUCCCUCCUCCACCACUCCACAACAACCCCCGCGAUUUCCCGAAAACUCCGCCAUAAUGUCUGCCAUCCAAAGCGCCAAUGAUGCCGCUGCAAACCACUCCGGCACCGCGAACAACCCCACACCCUCAGACUUUGACUACGCAGCCGCUUUGUCGAAUUACCAAACUGCCGAUGGCCACGUCCCACUCACGCCUCAACAACGAAAUGAUGUUCUCUCGCAGAUUGUGAACAAUGCAGGUGCGCAAAACACAAAUAACGCGCUUACGAACCCGCAUCCACCAGAGAUGGACAGGUUGUUGGGCGACUUGGCACAGUAUCAGGCUACACAGCAGCAGUUGGAGAUGUUGCAGAAGUUGAGUGAUCAGCAAAACUCCAAGAUACAGAAUAUCCAUGAGAGGAUUCUACCACUGAGUCCAACGGGACAGAUUUCGGGACUAGGCGAAGGCGGCGAUGGCUACUUUGGUGGUGGAGAUGCUGGACUGGGCGAGCCAGGAGGCUACGACCUCAACAUGGAUUCUUUUGUCAAUGAUGAUGACUUCUUCACGGGAGAUGCGAAUCCAGGAGUCGUAGCAUCAUCGGAGCAAAAGGGUGGUGGUGUGGGGCAACAGGCAAACGGCGGUGUUACUACCAAUGGCAGCGGCGGACUACCGGACUUUACCUUCGACACUAGUGCGCCGUUUGAUGUCGACGACGAUGGCGGCAUCAAUGGCGGUGGUGGCGAGUUCACCUUCCCAGACGAUGUUGCGAAUGGUAUUGAGUCGUCAGCGGAUUUACUCAACGUCAAUGGAGGUGGAAACGAAGAGAAUGUGAGGCCGGAGGGCGCCGCCGGCGCGAGUGGAGGUAGCAGUAAUUCUACUAGCCCUGCUGCUACGGUUGAAGAGGUGGAAGAUGAAACUAGAAGGGGCACUGGUAGUGCGAAGAGGAGGAGGAGGUAA